AUCGAAGUGACUAGUCGCAGCGACAGAUAACCCGACGAUCAAUGAAUGAAACUCUCGUCGCCCGACGGGAAGCAUUACAGCGCCAGAAUCAAGAGGUAAACCAUCAGGUGGAGGCCAUCGAACAGCGCAGGCAGCAACUGACAUCCGGGAGCGGACCAGCAUCUUCGUCAUCGAUAAGUUCGCUAUGUGGGACUCGAUCCGCUUCGCCUCUAGCUCGACCACCCAUCCGUAAAACUGAGUAUGACGAAGAUUUAAAUCAGCAAAGCGAAUCGAAAACAGGUUUGGAGAUUGAAUUGAGCGCAUCAAUCGAUUCUUUGGGCUCCCAAGACCUGAAAGAGGCGCGCCGUCGACUCGCCAAAAGUGAGAGCAAAGAGAAGGUGCCGACGGGUUCAAGAAAAAAUUCAGCGAAGCGAUCGCAACAAAAGAAGCGCCCAGAUAAGAGUAAAGCUUCCCCCGAAGAAGCAUCUCAGAGUAAGAAGAAAAGUGGCAGUGUGGGUGAUAUCCCGGUCAAUGUAGACCCCGUUCGAGAGAAUGGCCCAGAAGGUCUAGGCCCUGAAGCAACGGUGCGGUACCAGAAAGCACGUCUGCGUGUAUUGCAAGACGAAGCAGACACAGCUAUAGCCAGAGCUGAGGAGUUGCAAACGGCACAGGCUGCGUUAAAAGUCGAGAUUGAGAAUCUCAAAGCAGAGAAUACCGUACUGACCAAGAAGAACCAGCAGACGCAGCAGCUUUUAGAGAAACAACGCGAACUCUGUGUGGCCCAGGCGGAGAAACAACGAAUUCUCGAAGGUCAGCUAGCAUCGACUCAAGCGCGUGUUGAAGAGACUCAGCGCGCUGAGAAGCUUGCAUCGCAGCAAUUUCGCUCGAAGGAUGUCCGUCUUAAUCGAGCUCUGGAGGAACUCGAAAAGGUGAAAACGCAACUGCAGGACGAGAAGAAGAACCAAGGCGAGCAAAUGGUCACCAAGGCAGACUACGAUCAAAUUGUACGCGACAACAAAAAGCUCGACAAGCAGAAGGGGGAACUUUUAGCCGCCUUCAAGAAGCAGAUGAAGCUGAUCGAUCUGCUCAAGCGCCAGCGAGUUCAUAUGGAGGCAGCAAAGAUGCUUUCGUUUACAGAGGCCGAGUUCAGCAAGACGUUGGAGCUUGGCUAA